AUGGCAAAGGAGGGAGCUGACGCAGCCCACUGCCCUCCGGGCCCUCCUGGAGGAACGAGCGCUCUUGGGGCUCAGAGGACCUCGCUCAGGACCCGGCUGCAAACCCAACACCCACAAAGGGCGCCUUUGCUGCAAGAGCGCCUGCCGGCUCUGCCUGCGGGGCUCUCUGCCCCACCCGUGGGACAGAGGCGAGGCAUCCCUGGGCCAGCGCAGGGACGAGAGAAGCGCUCCUGGGAAAACGCCUUCCCCUCGCUGGAAGGGCUGAGCGCCUCGCACAGGCUGCGGGGCGGGCGGGCGCGCUACCGCGGCUCCUGCGAGCGAGGAAGGAAACGAUUCUGCGUCCCUUCCUCCCACCCCCGGGACAGCCCGUCCGCCCCCCCGUUCCCUGUUCCCUGGCCCCGGCCAGGCCCCCCCGGGACCCGCCGCGGGCUCCGGGCGGGGGCGGGGGCGCCGCCCAUUGGCCGAGCGCCGCCCGUCUGCCGCCCUCCCGUUGGCCGCGCCGCCGCCGGCCCCGCCCCGCCGCUGCUCUCCCAUUGGCCGCCAUCGCUGGCGGGGCCCCGCCCCGGCCCCGCCUCCCCGGGGUCAUUUAAGUUUAUGGAGGAAAAUAAAUAA